CUCCCUAGUGCUGCCGGCCCCGCGCCCAGCCCAGUGCCCGGGGAGAGGAGAUGGGCGCAGGACGGGGCGUCCCCAUGGCCCAGCUGGCCCUGCUCACCCUGCUGGCCCUGCCGGGCACCGGGGCAGUGACAGUGGAUCACGUGCAGUCCUUUGCGCAGUUCUACCAGCGCACGGACCGAUCCCAGCAGGAGUCCGGGCAGUUGAUGCAGGAGUUCGACCAGGAUGAGAUCUUCCAUGUGGACCUGGAGAGGAAGGAGACGGUCUGGCGCCUGCCCGACUUCAGCAAGUUCAUCGGCUUCGAGGCGCAGCGCGCCCUGGGCAACAUCGCCAGGGAGAAGCAGUACCUGGAGACCCUGAUCAAGAUGUCCAACCGCACACGGGCCCAGAAUGUGCCCCCUGAGGUGACCGUGUUCCCCAAAGGCCCUGUGGAGCUGGAGGAGCCCAACAUCCUGAUCUGCUUCGUGGACAAGUUCUUCCCGCCCGCGCUCAGUGUUACGUGGCUGAAGAACGGGCAGGAGGUGACGGGGGGCGUCUCCGAGACCGACUUCUACCCCCGCCAGGACAACUCCUUCCGCAAGUUCUCCUACCUGCCCUUCCUCCCCAGCCAGGGCGACUUCUACGACUGCCGGGUGGAGCACUGGGGGCUGGCUGAGACCUUCACGAAGCACUGGGAAGCCCAGGUGCCCACCCCCGUCCCCGAGACCACAGAGACCCUGGUGUGCGCCCUGGGCCUGGCUGUGGGCAUCAUCGGCAUCAUCGCGGGCACCAUCCUCAUCAUCAAGGGGAUGAAGAUGAACGCCGCCCGCAACCCGCGGGGCCCCCUAUAAACGUGGGGAGGAGCCCGGGCCCCCGAAUCUCCCAGGUGCCUUUGUGGGACCCACUCGCAGCCCCCCCCAGCUCUGCCCCCAGUGUCCCGGCUCCAUGCCCGUCGGUGCCAGCUGCUGUACCCAGGCAGGAGCCCCACGGCCCCGUAACCAUGACACCCAGCCUGUUAGAGACUCACCAGGGAGCCAGCCCCUCAGGCUGCCCCGCACCCCCCCUGCUGGGCUGGGGGGGGCACCUAUCCCGGGAGAGGGCUGCUGCCCAUGGGGCUGGGAAUGGGGGUCGCCCCUCGUCAGGGGCAGCAGGGGAGAGGGCUGCUGCCCAUGGGGCUGGGAAUGGGGGUCGCCCCUCGUCAGGGGCAGCAGGGGAGAGGGCUGCUGCCCAUGGGGCUGGGAAUGGGGGUCGCCCCUCGUCAGGGGCUGAUCCAAACCCCACUGCCGUCGUGGGGAAGGUUUCUCUUGACUCCAGUGGGCACUGGAUUGGGCCCCGAGCCCGGCCCCUAUUGGCCAGAGGCUGCUGUCAGUCACCCCAGGUAACGCCCCCGCAGCCAUUACCCAGAAGGCUUUGGGCCAGACUCGGCCAUUCCCGGUCAAUGGGUCCCUGUGGGGCAGGAUCGGGCCCAUGGCUGGGGGUGGGGCAGCCCCAGCGCCCGGCUAACGGCCCCAUCGCCCCCGUGUGCGGCUCCCCGGGGUCCAGCCCUGCUGAGCCCAGCGCCCAGCGCGGGGUCUGUGUGGGACGGGCCCAGUCCCUGUGCAGCCCCCGCCCUGCGCCCCGGGUGUGUCACAGCCCUGCGCCCCCCCCCGCCAUCGCUCUGCAGCUUUGCUAACAGCAAUAAAGGGGGUUUGGGACAUU